CGGGGUGUUACGUUAAUGGGCCGCAUCACCUGUAAAGGUCCAGGGCGUGAGGCACGGCGAAGGUGCGUGCGUGCGUGCGACCGACCUGAAAAUCCAAAGCACUCGCGUCGCCGCGGCCUCUCCCUCCCUCCUCCGAUCGCCGACGAUGGCGCGCGCCGCCGCCGCCACCGCCGCGGCGAUCGCUCCGCAUCUGGUUCCGGUGAUUCGGGGCGCCACUCCGUUCGCUCCCGCCGCCGCCACCGCCGCGGCGAUCUCUCUGCAUCUGGUUCCGGUGAUUCGGGGCGCCACUCCGUUCUCUUCCGCCGUCGCCGCUGCCGCCGCCGCCGCCUCCACCCCGGCACGGUCAUCCUCCGCCCUCACCCAGACGCUCUCUUUCCCGAUCCAAGCUACCAGGUCCGCCGCCACCUCCACCCCACCAUGGGCUUCCUCCGCACUCGCCCAGCCCCGCUAUUUCUCCACAAGAGCUACCAGGUUAGCAAGCAAGAAAAUGAUAUUUAUCUGAAGCAAACAGUUUGUUCUUGCAUGGUUGUUUUGGCACAUCAAGAAAAUAUGCCGUUUGCUAGUUUGACGAAGAUAAAAAUAGGAGGAUGGGAGGAAGCUUACUGGAAGCUCAAUCUCAGAAUUGACCAUUUGAAUGCUGUGAUGAGGGAUGGGCAAGGUAUGCAAGUGCAUCGGGAGGUGCUCAAGGUCGUGUCCGGUGGUGUCUGUAUAUUUUUUAUUGUGGUCACUAUUCGUCAUCUGAAGGAGACGUUUGCCCGUCGCCGUGCUGGACUCCCCUCUGUGAUAUCUGAUGGGCACAAGUGCUAGUGGAGAGGGCAAAAGUGACUAGGAGAAGACAAGGCUACGAACGGAGGUGCAGACUAAAAGGCGGCGUGUAUUGCGAGUGUGAAGAGGGACUGUGAAAACAAGUGCUGCGGGAGUUGUAUCGAACGAAUUUGAGAAGUAACGGCAUUAGAUGGGUUGGUUACCAGUGUAGUAUUUUUGUUGCCACGGUGAAAAGCAAGUUUGGAGGCCCGCUAGAGAUGCA